GUAGUUCCCUAUUUAGUUGGAUAGGAUGUCAAUCCUUCCCCAUCUCUGAGAAAAAACUUGGUGAAAAUCAGGAAGAACAUGGUUUGCUCUAUUUCAGGGGGAUGAAAGAUUUCUCUGCUCACCUGCUCUACCAAGUUAUGUACAAAACUACACCACCUGAGACAUCAGGCUGCUGCAUGAUCAGGGCUCAGAUGCCAACGCAGCAGGGGUGGAGGAAUUGUUUCAUCCUCACAGAGCAAUCCAGUCACAUAAGGUAAUCAUGGCCAGCUGUCUAAUGAAGCGAAUCAGUCUUUCCGUGGUUCAGGGACAGUCUCAGAGAUGUCGCCGCCUAUCAAGAACAGCUGGCCUACUGACGGCCGGCGAUCAGGAGAGAGGCGAAGAAGCGCAGCCCCUAAAGAGCCCAGCAGAGGCAAAAGCCACUGGCUUUGCUGAAUCGUUCAAGAAGUUUGAGGAGAUGACACAACCGAAAUCGGAGCCAGUUGUCCCAAGUGCACCGUUCUUGACUCUGCUGAGGAACUCGCCGUUCAUAAAGAUGGGUGAUCCGGCCGGCAAGGUCGUAGAAGGCGAGAUUUUCCACGCAGUCAGUGAUGACCUCUACAUCGACUUCGGCGGCAAGUUCCACUGCGUCUGCCCCCGACCUGGCCGCAGAGGAGAGGAGUAUGUGAUCGGCGCGCGCGUGCGGGUCCGUCUGCACGACCUGGAGUUGUCGUCGCUGUUCCUGGGGGCGCGGCGAGACCUGACCCUGCUCGAGGCGGAUGCCACGCUGAUCGGCCUCCUGCACAGCCCGUACAGCGUCAGCGCGCGCCGCCUGCCCGGCUCGUAGCGACGUGCGCCGGCCGCACACCUCGUCCUCCAUAGCGCUGUACAGUGUAUUGAACAGUGUGUGUGUGUGUGUGUGUGUGCGCGCGUGUAUUACAACAGCACACGGCCGAGCGGUCGGGGAUCGGCCGUCUUUCCGGCCAUGUGUAACAACAGUUACGCGUGUGUCGAGCGCUGCGCUCGCCACGUUGGACGUCCUUCAUAGAAUACAGCGUCAGACCGAG